CCAGGGGGAACGCCAGAACCCGGGACCAUAGCACGGAAACGGCCCGGGGCUGAGCAGCAGUCAGAUCCCGGGAUGGAGGGAGCCGGAGAAGAGGAGUGAGGAGGCCGGGGAGGCAGGCCCUGCUGCCCUCCUGGAGGCCGGCAGCCUGCGGUGGCAGUGGAGGACCAGGCCGCCCACAGAGGGAAGGGGUCAGGAGGUCGGGCCUCGACCUUAGCAGGCUCAGACCAGGCCCCAGAAGGGAGCUGCAGAAGUUCAGGGCCCAGGCCUGGCUCGGGUUGUCCAAAGGGGACCUCAGGCAGGCCUCCCAGAGCCUCUGGCGGGGACACUGAGCCGGAGACAGGCCUGAGGGCCCGGCCCAGACGCCUGUGAGCCAAGUUAGGCAGAGCCAGCUAAGGCCCUAGGGGGUGUCAGAGACUAAUGUGGUAGGGGGCUUCAGGGCCUCCCAGCCCGGAGCCGGAUUGGCGAGUUAGACGCUUGUAGAUCCAAGGUUGGAUUGGGGAGGGGUCUCUGGGAAGUUGGCUAGCAACGCAAGGAUUGGGGGGAUUUAAGUGCUUAGAGAUCGAAGGCAGGUCUUGGGUAGGGGGAGUCAGACAAUCGGAAAGCCUAGGUGGUUAUUUGGGGAGGGGUCUUUGCGCUUAGACGAAGCGCAGAGCAGCGCCUGCUCGGCUGAAGGCCCGAGGCCUUGUCAAGAGAAGCUCCUGUGAAGGGUGGGCUAGACUAGGCCAGGCCAAGAGAAAGAAAGUGAAUAAACCUGGCCUCGAAGUGGGCGGGGGGCCCCUGAGCGGGGGGUCACAAAGGGUGAGACAUGGCCACCAGGCGUUUAACGGACGCUUUCUUGUUGUUGCGGAAUAAUUCCAUCCAAAACCGGCAGCUGUUAGCCGAGCAAGUGAGUAGUCACACCACCUGCAGCCCUCUGCAUUCACGUAGUAUUGCUGCGCUUGCGGAUGAUCGCAUGGCUCUGGUGUCAGGCAUUAGCUUAGACCCAGAAGCAGCAAUUGGCGUGACAAAGCGGUUACCUCCUAAAUGGGUGGAUGGAGUGGACGAAAUACAGUACGAUGUUGGCCGGAUUAAACAGAAGAUGAAGGAGUUAGCCAGCCUUCAUGACCAGCACUUAAACAGACCCACCCUGGAUGACAGCAGCGAGCAGGAACAUGCCAUUGAGAUCACCACCCAAGAGGUCACGCAGCUCUUCCACAGGUGCCAGCGUGCAGUGCAGGCGCUGCCCAGCCGGGCCCGCAGGGCCUGCUCGGAGCAGGAGGAGCGGCUCCUUCGCAACGUGGUGGCCUCCCUGGCGCAGGCUCUGCAGGAGCUGUCCACCAGCUUCCGGCGCGCGCAGUCGGGCUGCCUCAAGCGCCUGAAGAAUCGAGAGGAAAGAUCCCAGCAUUUUUUUGAUACAUCAGUACCACUGAUGGACGAUGGAGACGAUAAUACUCUUUAUGAUCGGGGUUUUACAGAUGACCAGGUGGUGCUGGUGGGGCAGAGCACACUGAUGGUGGAAGAGCGGGAGCGGGAGAUUGGCCGGAUCGUGCAGUCUAUUUCUGACCUAAACGAGAUAUUUAGGGACCUCGGGGCGAUGAUUGUAGAGCAGGGUACCGUCCUUGAUAGAAUCGACUAUAAUGUUGAACAGUCCUGUAUCAAAACUGAAGAUGGCUUGAAACAGCUUCACAAGGCAGAGCAGUAUCAGAAGAAGAAUCGGAAGAUGCUUGUGAUUCUCAUAUUAUUUGUCAUCAUCAUUGUCCUCAUUGUGGUCCUCGUCGGCGUGAAGUCGCACUGAGCAGCGCUGGGCCGGGGCGUGAGGCCCGCGUGGACCCGGGUGCGCGGGCCCGGCGCCCGUGGGUUCCUGCCGAGGUGCGGCCCCGGGCCAGUCGGGGCGGCGAGCGUUUCCGUGGACGCCUCUGCGCCGUCGUGCUCGCGCAAGGGGAAGGGGCCUCUGCUUUUCCUUCACUGUCAACACUUGAAGGACCUUGGAUACUGCUGCAGAUUAGAGAUGAGUUCUCUCUUCAGUUAUAAUAUAUUUUUUUUUAGAAAGAGAAAACGAGUUGAAGGUUUACAGGCCUCCUCAAGCUGUUCGAUAUAUUAUAUCUGUAUAUGCUAUUUUUUUUAGCAGUCAUGUCUGAGCAGCAUGUUAAAAUAAUUUUUGGAAAAAUUUUUUUUAAACCAUCUGGUUUUUAAGAAAUUUGGUACCAAAAAUUUAUGAGUAAAGGCAAAAAUGCCUCUUCAUUUUUCUCUAUAUAUUUUCCAGUUGAAAACAAACUGAGAAGUCCUUUAAGAAUUUGUAAUCCAUGCCCCUUUAACUUAAUUUAGCUUUUCCAUCACUGUUAAUGAUCAGAGUAACAAAGUGUGAAAAAUAAGAAACCAUCAUUGAUGUUAAUUAACACAUUUAGAUGGGCCAGUUAAAAACAGCUUUAUAAGUUUAAAUUAAUUGCAAAUGGAGUAUUCCUCAUCUAAAAUUUGUGCACUGCAUGUUCUCCCGUAACCAAAAGGGGUUACUAAGCAAAACCACCUAAAUUUAAAAGUUGGUGAUUUGAAAUAACCUCACAUUGAGAGGAAGCUUCGUAGUGUUGUGAAAGUCACCAGAAGCAGCCGGUGUGUCUCUGUGCUUGUCCCCAGCCAUCCUUGCUCAAUCCAUUGCUUAUGUACUCACUACUUAAUGACCUGUUCAAACCAGACACCAUUUAAUGAACUGUGAAUUUACACAGAGGCCAUUCUAAAUGGGUCACCCCAUAUAGGAUUAGUGGGUCUCAAAUUAUUAACCAAACAUCACUCCAUUUCAAAGUAAAAUAUUCCACCAGUGGUUUGAUUUAUUGGCCCUUCGUUUGCCACUUACCAUGCCCAGAAAGUAGGCAUAUUCUUGCAAUUUGUUAAAAUCUUGGCUAGAAAAGCCCCUCGUUUGUGUGAGCGUGAAUCAGAUCGCCAAAGUAGGACUUUGUUGUUUACUUACCUGUUAUCAAUAUGGUGCUUGAAUAUAUUCCUGGACCUGUGAAAUAAUGUGGAAAGUGAUAACUUUGAAAACUGAAGUUGUUCAUGUUUUAAUUGGUCUUGAGACACCAGUAUUGUUUUAAUGGUCUUUGCAUCAUUUUCAAUGGCUUUCCAUUAUUUUUACCUUUCUUAAAAUGUUUUAAAAGAGCAUGAUCUCAUUAAAUGUGCUGCCGUUUAUUUGGACCAGUCACAUAGAAUGUUUCUCUAGAACUGACUUUGAAGUUAUUUCCAGAAAUUUAAACUCAAGUCCCGAGAUUCAAGUUGUCCAAACAGAUCAUGGGCUUAAAACCCAGACCCCUGCCCCAGCCUUCCCUUCCCUAGUGGUUUACGACGCCGGGCAGUCACUGGUUUUCUUAUUACUGAUGUGGCCGUAGGAGGAUCUAAAGGUGCCCCUGGCAUUUCAGGAAAUAGCACGGCAUUCCCUGACAGUUAUUUAUUGGGAAAGAAGGUCAGGGGUAAGUGUCCAGCCCCUCCUCGAUCGCCCCUGAAAUGGGGGGCCUCUGCGGUCCUCGAGAGUAGCUGUAGGCGUCUUUCGUCUCAACGGUUCUGACCUCGUGGAGUCAAGCUGCUCCUAGCAGCGGGGCUGUCGAGAUGAGGGGCCUCCCUCCCAGACAGUCUGCAAUGGUGAUAUGGGUUACUGCUGAAGCUUUUCAAGUGCUGCGUCUUACUGACCUUUGAAGGAAAGUGACCCAUUGAGAAAGGAUCACUGUUCAUUUGUAUUUAUUUUCAGUGAAUAGGGUGACUAGAGUUGGGUUUUUUACCCAACUCAUUGGGUAAAACAAUGAAUCUUGGAAUGGCUUGAAGGAUCCUGUGUGGGAUCCGGGCAGCUGCCCCCCACUGACUGGAUCCAGUGCAGUGCCAGCUAAAGCCCGGCCGUCCGCUGCCACCACUGUGUCCCAAGGCGGGGAAGUGGCCCCGAGCCCAUGCACCACAAAACACUGUACUGUUCUGUUGAGCCUUCACUUGCGGAAAGAUCCGCAGCAUUGCGGGAGCAGGGGCAAGUUAGUAACCAGCGUCCUGGCACCUGAGGGUCCUUCUCCCCCUCCUCUUCCUGCCCACAGCUCUGGGGGCAGUGAUGACCUGUCCCGUUUCUCCCCUCGCCUGGAGUGCACCCCGAGAAGAGGGCCCACAGGGAGGGCUCCUCUGGGCUCAGCCUGGACCCCUGCCCCCUGUAACGUGCCCUGGGUGGCUCUGUUGACCAGGGCUGGAGAGGGGAAACGUAGACAUUGACUGUCAGGUCCCCAGAGCUCCUGAUAUUUCCCGAGAGAUCGUAACUGAAAGCUACUGUCUCUUGUUUUAUUAAUUUGGGGUUGGGGGGAGGUGCUGGCUCGCCCGCCAUGGGUGCGAAGCCGCGUACAUCUCUAAUUUAACGAAUUUACUGCGUUCUCUGCUAAUUGAGAGAGCAUUAUUUAUUUGUUUUGACACAAGCGCUUUCAGUGUUUUAUCCUGGCUAAUGGCUUCUUAAAGGUAAUAAAACCCUUCCAACCUAAUUGGUCAGAUAAGACUUUUUUUCUUGUGUGCUUAAACAAAGCAAUUAGUGAAGCGCUUCUAUCUAAAAUGACUUUUUUUGUCCUUUUUUUAAAACUAAUUUACUCUUACUGGAAACUUUUUGUACAAUAAAGCAGUCGUGCAGAUUAAAGAACA